CUCCGAGAGGAGGGGCUUGGCCUAUGAGGGGGUGUCCAAACGCUGUGGAGAGGACAAGUCUUUCCCCCCAGCAUCAGGUAGCUGAGAAUGCGUUUGUCCAAACCACUAGUAGACAUGGAGAUGGCAGACUAUAGCGAGGCCUUGGACCCAGCCUACACCACCCUGGAGUUUGAGAACAUGCAAGUGCUUGCGAUGAGCACAGACUCCUCGCCAGCUGAGAGUGCCAACAUGAAUGCUGCCAACCACUUAGGGGCCGGCACCCUAUGUGCCAUCUGUGGGGACCGUGCCACAGGAAAGCACUAUGGAGCCUCCAGCUGUGACGGAUGCAAGGGGUUCUUCAGACGCAGCGUACGCAAAAACCACAUGUAUUCCUGCAGAUUCAACAGACAGUGCAUUGUGGACAAAGACAAGAGAAAUCAGUGUCGGUAUUGCAGACUAAAGAAAUGUUUUCGAGCUGGGAUGAAGAAGGAAGCUGUGCAGAAUGAAAGAGACAGGAUUAGCACCAGAAGAUCCAGCUAUGAAGACAGCAGCUUACCCUCCAUAAACGCACUCAUUCAGGCUGAUGUGCUUUCUAGACAGAUCUCAUCACCUGGUCCUAUCAUGAAUGGCGACAUCAGAACGAAGAAGGUAGCCACUAUAACCGAUGUGUGCGAGUCUAUGAAACAGCAGCUGCUGGUGCUGGUUGAAUGGGCGAAAUACAUCCCAGCAUUCUGUGACCUUCCCCUGGAUGAUCAGGUGGCUUUACUGCGAGCUCACGCUGGAGAACAUCUCCUACUAGGGGCUGCUAAACGCUCUAUGCUGUAUAAGGACAUUUUACUAUUAGGCAAUGAUCAUAUAAUUCCACGAAACUGCCCUGAAUUGGAGGUGUGCCGUGUGGCUGUAAGGAUCCUUGAUGAAUUAGUCCUUCCCUUCCAAGAUCUCCAGAUCGACGACAAUGAAUAUGCCUGCUUGAAGGCAAUUGUAUUCUUCGAUCCAGAUGCCAAAGGUUUAAGCGACCCAAGCAAGAUCAAACGGAUGCGAUAUCAAGUUCAAGUUAGUUUGGAAGACUACAUCAAUGAUCGGCAAUACGACUCGCGGGGACGCUUCGGCGAGCUACUACUUCUGCUGCCAACGCUACAGAGUAUCACCUGGCAAAUGAUUGAGCAAAUCCAGUUUGUUAAAUUGUUUGGAAUGGCGAAGAUAGACAACCUGCUACAAGAGAUGCUUCUAGGAGGUUCAGCUAAUGAAGCUCCUCAUGCCCAUCAUUCUCUACACCCACAUCUGGUCCAAGAACACCUCAGUAACAAUGUCAUAGUCACCACAAACAUGGCCACUCCAAUUCACAAUGGCCAGAUGUCCACUCCGGAAACUCCUAUCCCAUCUCCCCCGACGGCCUCAGGUUCUGAUCAUUACAAAAUGGCACCGGGGGUUAUAGCCACAGUGCCCAAGCAACCAAGCUCCAUCCCUCAACCAACCAUCACUAAACAAGAGGCCAUCUAAGUGCACAAGAAACACAGUGUGACAAUUCAUUCUCAUAGGCGUCUGGACAGAAUAACACUGACAUUUAUAUUCACUAGCUGUUAAAUUUAAGGUUUUUAGCAAAAGACAUAUUUUUCAUAUUUUAAGAACUUUAGACCAAAAUAGUUGCAUUUAAAAAUGUGCAUCAGUCACAUUUUAAAUAUAUAUGUUCAUCCCGUCUCAUUUGUUUGCUGUUUGUAUGUUUUAGAACGAACUAGAGGUGCAUAUUUAUACUACCCAAGGAGUCACAACAGAAUAA